CCAUCUGCAGCGAGUGGCGUCUCGUGGCUAACGCCACUCGAUCGAGCGUUCACUCCGGGUCUAGAUCUCUCUUCGUCGCCGGCUAGACUCUUCUCAGUCGCUGAUUGGCGUGGAAAAUAGCCCGAGUCACGAGGCCUUGUCAAAAGGCUAUAGCAGUGGUAACCAAUUACCAUUUAGAAAGUUCUUGUGACUCAUACGGGCUAGAUAGUACGGAAAUUCCUGUAAGUCUUCCUUCCAUGUACUCUGAAAUACAAACAAAUUGUACAACACUCAUAAAAACUCCCCCUUUUUUCCCCUAGGUCAUCAGGUUAUCAUAAUAUAUAGCAGUAUUGGCAUCGUCUCUGGCCUCCUCCUCAUCACUAUCGCCAUGAUUGUCGUGGUCGUUAUUCGCAAAAGACGUAAAAGGAAAGCUGAAUGUCUAGAUCCUACUACUCCUGGCAUCGGGCAGGCAUCUAGUAACCAUGGCAACGGGGGAGGUAGUCCUCUGAUGCCGAGGGGAGAUGGAGAAGGAGACCUCUUCGUACUAGCCGACCUGACCGCCCACUCGCAAACCGCCGGAGAAAACAAUUACGUGGACGACAACGAAAGGCAACCGCCAACGUAUCCCGGAGCGAUGGACAGACCGGGAAUUACCAGAGAUGCCUUCGGAUAUGAAUCGGUUCGGUUACCGUCUGCGGAUAGUGCGUUGAACGGAUCAGGGGGAAUACCGGGUGAGGUUCCGGUGGACGGGGCGAUAGACCUCUAUGCGAACACGGAGUUCCACGAUGUGCCAACUAACUUAAUUGAUAAUGAACUGUACGGAUAGUAAGAGUCAUAAAUGUUUGCUUGGGUUGAAUGCAUUUGGGUGACACUUGCUCCUUGGUCAAUUAUUGCACUUGAGUAAUUUUCCACACUACCUAAAUUACGACCAUCCGACUAUACAGUCAACGAAAUAAGUUUGUGUUCAACUUUCAGUCUUUGUCAUAAUAGUUUUACACCCCUGUAUGUAUUUCCUUCAUUACAGUUGUCAUCAUCAUCACCAUCACCAUCAUCAUCAUCAUCAU